GCUGUUAAAAUGAAAACUCUCAUAAUUCUACUAAUAUUCGGCAUCGUCAACGGCGUCCCUCAGAAGCCCAACUUGGACGCCAUUCUGAACCGCCGCACCGAUGUCUACAUCGCCGGCUUUUUCCCCUUUGGCAAGGGGGUGGAGAAUUCGAACACUGGUCGAGGCGUGAUGCCGAGUGUGAAGCUGGCGCUAGACCACGUGAACGAGCAUGAUUCGGUGCUUCGUAACUACCGACUGCAUAUGUGGUGGAAUGACACCGAGUGCAACGCAGCCGUGGGAGUGAAAUCAUUUUUCGACAUGAUGCACAGCGGUCCGCACAAGUUGAUGCUGUUUGGAGCGGCGUGUACUCACGUUACUGAUCCUAUCGCUAAGGCCUCCAAACACUGGCAUUUAACGCAGUUAUCAUACGCAGACACGCAUCCUAUGUUUACAAAAGAGGCGUUUCCCAACUUCUUCCGAAUUGUACCUUCAGAGAAUGCGUUUAACAUGCCUCGAAUAAGAUUGUUGGAACAUUUCAACUGGACCAGAGUUGGUACUAUCUACCAGAACGAACCAAGAUAUGCCCUAGCGCAUAACAGGCUCUUAGCAGAUCUAGACUCAGCAAACUUUUUAGUGGAUGAAUCUCAGAGUUUUGCAACAGAAGUGAAGACAGCUCUAUCGAAAUUAAAAGAGAAAGACAUUAGAAUCAUACUCGGAAACUUCAACGAAACGUGGGCUUUGAAAAUAUUUUGCGAAGCGUACAAACUCGAGAUGUACGGUCGGGCCUACACGUGGCUGCUGCUGGGCACGUACAGCAGCAAGUGGUGGACGCGCCGCGCACCCUGCUCGCGUCGAGAGCUGGGCGCCGCGCUUGACACUGCCAUCCUCACUGACCUAUUGCCGCUGUCCACAACCGGCGAGACUACUGUGUCCGGCAUCACCGCCAAAGAUUACCAAGUGGAAUACGACCGCAGAAGGGGAAUAGAAUAUUCCAGAUUUCAUGGUUAUACAUACGAUGGUAUAUGGGCAAUGGCGCUAGCAAUUCAAACCGUAGCCCAUCGAGUCAAGCUAAAAUACAAAGAGAAAACUGUACAGGAUUUCAGAUACAGGGACAAGGAAUGGGAGCAAUUGUUCCUGGAUGCAUUAAGCAAUGUCACAUUUGAAGGAGUUACUGGACCAGUUCGUUUUUAUGACAACGAGCGAAAAGCAUCGAUCCUGCUCAAGCAGUUCCAAGGUGAAAUAGGUGAGGUCAAAGUUGGAGAAUAUUGUGCUGAACGAGAUCGUCUCGACCUCGGCAGUGGAGAACCUUUCAGGUGGAUUGGGAAGAACCCUCCAAAGGACCGUACGCUGCGGCUAGUGGAACACACGCAGGUCAACAUCACGCUGUAUUCGGUGCUGGUGUCGUGCUCCGUACUUGGCAUCCUGCUCGCCACUGCCUUCCUUGCAAUGAACAUCCACUACCGAAACCAGAGGUAUAUAAAAAUGUCGUCUCCACAUCUCAACAAUUUGAUCAUCGUGGGAUGCAUGCUGACUUACCUCAGCGUGAUCUUCCUCGGGCUCGACUCCAGUCUCAGCAGCAUCGGUCUUUCUCAGGAAGUACCACGUGGAGCCGCGUUUCCAUACAUCUGCACGGCGCGUGCUUGGCUGUUGAUGGCCGGCUUUAGCCUGGCUUUUGGUGCCAUGUUCUCUAAGACAUGGCGUGUUCACUCAAUCUUCACUGACGUUAAGCUCAAUAAGAAGGUGAUAAAAGACUACCAGUUAUUCAUGGUGGUAGGUGUGCUGCUGUGCAUUGACCUGGCCAUCAUGACUACUUGGCAGAUAUCAGAUCCUUUCUACAGAGCUACUAAGCAGAUGGAGGCAUACCCACAUCCAACAAGCGAAGAUAUAGUCAUUGUGCAAGAAAAUGAGUAUUGUCAAUCGGAACGGAUGCCCAUAUUUAUUGGGGCUAUUUACGCUUAUAAGGGACUGUUAUUGGUAUUUGGCGCAUUCUUAGCUUGGGAAACGAGACACGUCUCUAUACCGGCUUUGAAUGAUUCAAAGCACAUUGGUCUGUCCGUGUACAAUGUGCUCAUCAUGUGCAUCAUGGGUGCUCCUAUAGCUUUGGUAUUAGCUGACCACAAAGACGCGUUGUUUGUAUUGAUCGCAAUCUUCAUCAUCUUCUGCACUACAGCCACUCUGUGCUUAGUUUUUGUGCCCAAGCUGGUGGAGCUGCGGCGAAAUGGCUCGGGUGGGUCGGGCGGUGCGCGCAUCCGCGCCACGCUGCGCCCCGCCGCGCCGCACGAGUGCCGCGAGCCCGGCCCCGAGCUGGAGCGCCGCCUCAAGGAGCUGCGUCAGUACAACAACCGCUACCGCCGCACACUGCAGGCCAAAGAGAAUGAGCUGCAGAUGUUGCUCAGCAAGCUAGGAAGUGAUGCAAGUUCUGAAUCUUCAGUCCGAGACUCGAAAUCCCCAGGCACGUUAAGAACUAGAUUACCAGUGCCGAGAGAAAACCUUAGUCACCCAGAAACUAGUGACAUAACAUCACUUUGCAGUCUCAGUGCAUCAGCUGGUGCAGAAACUGAAUACAUUAGUAUGCAGACUCAACCAUCCAAUGACAAACCUAAACCUUCAGCGCCUGUGGAACCCAUAAAAGAAGGGCUCAAAGAACCCAGAAAGGAACAAACGAAAAAUGUAUCUUUCAAGAAUCACUUGGAUUACACAAGUCCUCCAUCGUCUAAAGCUGUGCCUGAAAAAGAUCAACUCGCCAAGUUACCAUAUGGAUGGUCUACUGAGGAACCAGAGCCUACAAAGCCUAAAAUAUCGGAACCAGCUAAAGCAGAAGCCAAAACGAUUACAGCAUUGAAGCCAAGUGAUACACCUACUGUUAAAUCUGUACCAGCCAAAGUACAAGAGCCAAUGUAUACAAAGGCGGCCCCGCCUAAGGUUAAUAAGACACCGGAGAUGCAAAAGAAACUGACAAAGUCCCAAGAGACCAAACGCGAGGUGAAGAGCGCGCCGCGCACGCAUCGCCGCAUGUCAAGCGCCAGCGCGGGCGCGCUGCUCGCCGACCUGCUGCACGCGCCCGCCGACGACGCGAUACCCGACAGGAAGCACGAACGAGAGCCACCUGUUCUCUAUAAGCCGAAACAAGAACCCGAGGACAUAUUGGACAUCGACCAUGAAUAUUCUUCAACGGAGAGGAAAAAGACGUGUCAACGGAAAGAUUCAGAGAAACGAAAAAAAGAAAAUUUCAUAGUUGUUCAAAGUGAUUUGUGGGAUACGAAUACUUUCCAGUACACGUGCCAGAAAUCACCGCCAAGCCACGCUCACUCUCCAAUGCAACGAAGUGUUUCAGAGAAGAGUCGACAGCAAUCAUCACCCCACCAUCACAGGGAAACAGAUAGCAGAAGCACAGAUAGAAGAGCUUCAAAUGCUUCCAUUAAUCACGUUGGUACAACAGUGAGAGUUGCUACGCCAGAAGGAUAUCGAGAGGCAGAAACUCUACGAAUGACCGAUCGCUUGUCGAAACGUCGAGGUUCAGAAUUUCCACAGCCAGUGAGUACACCGCCUCAUCAAAUACAAACAAAAAGACGACAAUCUACUGCGAUGAUGCGAACAUAUCAAGAAGAACAGCUAGAGAAAAUGGAAACAACACAAGAAAAACACGAAGAGGUACCUAAAAUGCAGCUACAAGAAAAAAUAGUGCCUGAAAUGGAACGGAAAGUGACAGAAACUAAGGACAGGAAGCCAGAUCCAGAUAUCAUAAGAGUAUCUAAAAGACAAGAGUCACCAGCGAAGAGAUUGGUACAAGACCCUGAUACGAUAAGAGUUACGAAAGGCCAAGAGUCUCCGUCGAAGAGAUUGAGGCAAGAAGCAGAGCCAUUAAAAAGAGCGAAAGGUGUUGGAGAUUCACCGAAACUUACUCAAGCCGCACAAACUCGACCCGACCAUUAUAAGAGCAGUCCAAAUGUUGCAUCACGACAUAAAACUGAAUCACCCAACAAAAGGGACGAGCGCAAAUCAGCAACCUACUCUCGUAGCGACUCCAAACGUCAGGAGUCUGUCGAGAGAAAGAUGUACACAGCCAGCUCUGAGUCCGAGUUGUUUGAAUGUGCUAUCCUACCCAUAUUUCAUAAGUUACUAACUGAGAGGCACAAGAGCCAACCCCAUGGCCUGAAUCUCAGUUAUGGUGUUAGCUGUCCUAAUAUAUCAAUUAAGUGCGACAUUGUGGAGUAUUUAUAAAUAUUCAAGUGGAACGUAAAUACGACGGCAAGAGUGUAUUUGCGUGUGUGCGUCUGUGUGUAAAUGAGGUUGAAAUGUAUACUAUGACUAAAUACGAAGUUAAUUUUACUCUAUGCGUUCAAAUUUUGUUAU